UUUACAGCUCUAACGAACAUAAAAAUUUAACAUGCUGCAAGGCAGCCGAAUCUCAAGUGAAAAUGAACGAAUCUCAUGAUAAGACUAACAGCCCCAGCCGGGCCAGUUCCGCGGAGGAGGGCCACGACGUUAGCGACACCUUCUACACCAGUCAGCGGAAGGGGAGCCACGUAUUUCGCGUCCGUUUGGACGCCACAGGAUUCACGCUCCAGCGGGAGAGUCCCGGUGGAACGGUGAUCAAGGAGCAGCAUGUGCGGAUCGGCGACAUUGUCGGCGGGCGGUGUAUGCGUCCCAAAAAGACGCGCCGUUUGGCCAUGUCCGGUGCCUGUGCCUGCAGUUCGGGGAAUCCCAACUCACCGGCGGUGUCCGCUUCCGGGGAUCGCCCCGCUGCAGCCCUCAACACACCCAGUAAAUGCAGUACCGCCAGCAAGGAGGAUCACCUUACGGACGGCGAUGUCAGCGCCUAUUUAUAUGUCUUCGCCUAUGUCCUGAAAAAGCGUAGUCUCCGCACAGAGCUACACAGGGAGCGAACGGUGCUUACGCUACGCUUUCGCUCCUUUGACACCUUCGAGGAUAAUAUGCGGGAGGCUGACCGCUGGUAUCGUGCCCUCCGCUGGCAGCUGCAUCGCACCCUGGAAGAGAUCUUUGUGGCACCCACGGCAGAUGAACGACGUCGCCGGGUCCUAGUGCUGUUAAAUCCCAAAUCCGGAUCGGGACGGGCUCGUGAGGUGUUCAACAUGCAUGUGACACCGGUGUUAAAUGAGGCGGAGGUGCCCUACGAUCUGUAUGUGACCAAACAUUCCGAUUUUGCCAUCGAAUUCAUGAGCACACGCUGCCUGGACGCCUGGUGCUGCGUGGUGGCCGUCGGCGGCGAUGGACUCUUCCAUGAGAUCAUUAAUGGAUUGCUGCAGCGCGAGGACUGGGCCCAUGUCUUGCCCGGACUGGCACUUGGCAUUAUACCCUGCGGUUCUGGAAAUGGACUGGCCAGGUCCAUAGCCCACGGCUACAACGAACCCUACUUCAGUAAACCAGUACUAGGAGCUGCUCUCACCGUCAUCAGCGGCCGCAGCUCCCCCAUGGACGUGGUCCGUGUGCAGCUGCAGCAGCGCUCUGUCUACUCCUUCCUCUCCAUUGGCUGGGGCCUCAUCUCAGACGUGGACAUCGAGAGCGAGCGCAUCCGAAUGCUGGGCUACCAGCGCUUCACCGUCUGGACCCUGUACCGUCUGGUGAACCUGCGCACCUACAACGGACGAAUUAGCUAUCUGCUCACAGAGCAGGAGGAUUCCCCUGUGCCGGGUUAUGCCAAUCAGCGGCAUAGGAUGCAGGGCAGUCGAAGCUGCAACACACACAUCGACAAGCUGGCACCGAGCUUACAUCACUCCAGUAGCGAGUACCUGCCGCAGGAGUUUGCCGACGUGAUCUCGCUGGAAACGUCCAUUAAUCAGUCGUUCCGGUCACGCUGCGACAGCUGGCUGUCGGGGGGAUCGAGGCGUAGCUUUUACUAUUCCAUAUCGGAGAGCAUCUACCAUAGUUUGGCGGACGACAGCGAAUUUAAUGGACAGGCGGCUGCCUCGCUGGAGAAUCGCCAGCAGAACUUUGGGCCGGCGAGUGAGCUGCCGGAUCUGGAUGAACCACUGCCCCAGGAUCAGGGCUGGCAGGUGGAGGAGGGCGAGUUCGUCAUGAUGCAUGCCGUCUACCAGACGCAUCUGGGCAUCGACUGUCACUUUGCGCCCAAGGCCCAGAUGAACGAUGGCACCAUUUUCCUCAUUCUCAUUCGCGGCGGCAUCAGCCGGCCGCAUCUGCUGAGCUUCCUUUACAACAUGAGCUCCGGCACCCACCUGCCGGAGGUGAACAACGAGUACGUAAAGGUGCUUAAGGUGCGAGCCUUUCGCCUGGAGCCGCAUGACAAUCAGGGCAUCAUUACUGUAGACGGGGAGCGGGUGGAGUUUGGACCACUGCAGGCCGAGGUCCUGCCGGGCAUAGCCCGUGUCAUGGUGCCCAAGUAGUAGCCGGAGGAGGCGGAUGACGACCACUAAGCAAUAGUUAACUCAAUAUAAGAAUCUCUGCAUUUGUAUCUGUAGCUAAUACUUAGGGCCUAGAGUUGUGCAUUCUUCUAAUUGUUUUUUGUGGUGGAGUUCUUGCUUCUGCCAAUCGAAUCGUGUAUUGUUAACAUUUUAAAAUCUAACUCCAGUUAUGAACGAAAUAUAAACGUGUAUAUAAGCGAA